AUGGACAUGGACACCUUCGAACGCCUCCAGGCCGAGACCAGGCUCCGCGAUGCGCUCAUGCGGCUCGAGGAGGCGGAGGAGACCGACGACGACGAAGAGAGGGGCGCCGAGGAGGAGGAGCUGGAGUGCCCCUUCUGCGGGGAGGAGUUCGACGGCGUCGGCCUGUGCUUGCACAUCGAGGACGAGCACGCGGCGGAGACCAAGGCCGGGGUGUGCCCUAUAUGCACAGAUAGAGUUGGGAUGGACUUGGUUGGGCACAUGACCUCAGAGCAUCCCAGUUUCUUCAAGGGCAGGUGGAGGAACCAGCGAGUUUCAUCUGGAUCACCUUCUUCAAUGUAUUCCGCAUUGAAAAAGGAUGCGGCGCACAUACAAUACCGCUAUGGUGGAUCCUCUCGUGCCACCUCGCUCAACACAGUGCCUGAUCCUCUACUCUCCUCCUUUGUUGGUAGCUUCAUUGAUGAUGAUGCAGAUUCGCCAAAAGAUGCACAAGAAGAGUUAUUGGAAAAAGUUAUUGAGAAAAGUGAUGCCUCGGAGCAGAAAGCAGAAGAAAGUGCUGAGGAGCCUUUGCUCCCUGAGGAGAAGGAGGAGAGAACCAAGAGGAGCCAGUUCGUGCAGGGGCUGGUGCUGUCCCUGAUGUUUGAUGACAUCUUGUGA